UUAAUAAUCCUCAUCGUUUAUGUGUUAGCUUUGACAGAUCUUGCUUAGUCAAUAAACUUAGCAAAAAAACUAACGCGCAACCGCGGCUUCCAUUUCUUCUCAUAUUCCCUUCCCAAGCAACACAACACAAAGUUGGUUCGGUUCGGCUCGAUGGAGUACGAAUAUAACAGAAGCAGAUCCGGCCCCCAAGUUCCGAUGUACCGUGCUCCGCCCUCUUCCAUCUACCCCAAGAUCGGUCCUCACCCUCAAACCGCCGCCCCUCCCCCGCCUCGUCCCUUUCCUUAUCAGCACAAUCCCACUCCUUCACCUUCUCUUGGAUUGGGCAUUAAGGUUGCUAUCAAGCCGGAAUUUAGGAUCACACAGCCGCCUCAUUUAUUACCACAUGUGGGAGAUAUUCCACGGAGCAACUUCCAAUUUGAUUUUGGAUUGGAGAGGAAAAUUUUGGCCGAAGCUGAGAAGGAUAACCCAAAUUGGACCAAAUUUGGGGUAGAAAAUCUUCCAACUAAAGCUUCUGAUACAUCCUCGUCAAAGGUUACUUCUUCAGACCCCGUUGUGAGCAAGUAUAUAGCCAUGGGACUCAGCCGAGAGGCAGUUCAAAUUGCUGUUACAAAUUAUGGUGAUAAUCCAACCAAAGUUCAAGAAUUUGUCAAUGGAUACACCCUUCUGCGUGAAAUGGGAUUUUCAUCAAACAGCGUUGCAGAAGCCUUAGUUAUGCAUGACAAUGAUACAGACAAGGCAUUGGCACAUUUCCUUAAUGGCUCAUCAUGAAACCUCGGCACAUAUCUGUUGUAGGUAUCAUUUGUGGAUAAAGAAAUUUGUGAUCCUUUUGUAUAAUGAUAAAUAAUGAUCAAAUAUAGGUAGAGUCAUACUGGCAAUCUCUUAUUGUCAGUUGUGGGAUAUUGGUUUUAGGGUUUCGGUGUUUUUAGAGGGAACAAAUAGAAGUGAUUAUUGCCUAUAUUAUUUUACAUAAGAAAGACAGUUCUUUUUUGGUCAAAAAAAGUUCAUUGUAUUUGCUUUUGGCCAAGAUUUAAGUCCUUCGGGCAUGUUUGGUUGGGAUUGUAUAUGGUAAUUUAUCCUUUUAUUUA